AUGGAUUAUGAAGUGCCGCUGUUAGGCGCACACCAGACGAGCCGUGACGAAGAACACGAACAGCAACAGCAGCAAGAGCUGCAGGCUCGUCAGCAGAGCUUAUCACCGUCCGAUCCAGGUUCCUCACGAGCCGCGGCGGCGUACAGUCGUCCCGGGGACUCCGCCGCCGGAUUUGGCGGCGAUUGGCGCGGAAAGCUUGCGGCUGUCGGGCAGCGCGUGCGCGCGUCGAGCGCGGAGCUGGGGAAGCGCGUCACGGAGGCCGCGACAGCUGUCGGAAGUCGAUUGGAGGAACAGGUUUCCGUUGUCGGCGAGCGCGUUAAAGACCUAGUUCUGCCGACCACACAGGCGGAUAUAUUAGUAGACCGCGCCACGGCGGAGGAGCUGCUCGCUCCCCAUUGGUCCACCGUCCUGCAAAUCUCCCACCUCCUUCAGAACGGCCAUGUUCCCGGCGGCGACGUCGCACGGGCCCUGCGACGUCGCCUGGCGACGCGGGAUUCGCACGUGCAGCUGCUCGCGCUGGCGGUCGCGGAGUCGGUUGUCGGAAGCGCGCCGCAGAUUCUGGGGGACAUUGCGCGGGAAGGCGUGUUAGGCGACAUGGCGCGAAUGGCGGUGGAGCCUAAGACGCAGGCGCGCGUCAGGGAGAAUGUUUUAAGACUGAUCGAGGCGUGGGCUGCGCCGAUGGAGGCGACGCGGUACUUCCCCGCUUUCGAAGAGACCCACCCAUGCUGCCAUGCUGCCACCCAUGCUACCAUGACCAUCCAUGCUACCAUGACCAUCCAUGCUCCCUUGACCAUCCAUGCUACCAUGACCAUCCAUGCUACCAUGACCAUCCAUGCUACCAUGACCAUCCAUGCUGCCAUGACCAUCCAUGCUACCAUGACCAUCCAUGCUACCAUGACCAUCCAUGCUACCAUGACCAUCCAUGCUACCAUGACCAUCCAUGCUGCCAUGACCAUUCAUGCUGCCAUGACCAUCCGUGCUCCCACAUGGAACAUCAACUUCAAUCCAAGGCAAAAGAUAGACCUGCCUUUCUUCCUGUCUCGCUCCCCCUUCUCUUCCCCCUCCCCGCAGGCUGCAAAUCAAGGAGAAAAGGGUCAUAUUUGCCUCUUCCAUUCACCCGCGCCCCUGCCCCCACCCCAGUUUUUUCAACACUAUCAUCAGGAGCUCAAGGGGAAAGGGGUGACAUUCCCCGUGGUCGCUACACCCCCUCAGCGCACGUGUGUUGUGAGUCGACUUAAAACACUCCUUUUCUCCCCUACCCUUUUUCAUCACCAUUACCAGGAGCUCAAGGAGAAAGGGGUGACAUUCCCUGUGGUCACUGCACCCCCUCAGCGCAUCCCCCGGCUCCUCCCCUUCGAGUCCGUUCUCGGAGACUCUUAUAGAGGAGCAGGGCGUAUUCACAUCACCAGACCUCCCUCCGAGCUGCCGAACCAGCACCGGGAGGUCGUUGCCAUGCCUGCGGACUUCCUCACCGGACCUAACGCCCAGGGUCGGCGGACCACACCGCACGUGAGGUUCGUCAUGCCUGGUGGCGGUGGCGGCACUGCUGGUGCUGCUGGUGCUGCUGCUGGUGCUGCUGGUGCUGCUGCUGGUGCUGCAGCUGGAGGGAGAAAUGACCACGCACACAGGCAGCACCAUCAUCAUCAUCAUCACAAUCACCAUCAGCGGCAGCGGGAGGGGGCGGAGGAGGCAGCGUGGAUGGGUGCAGGAGAGGCAGAGGCGGAUCCUAAGACAACUUUUGCAAUGGCAAGAAACGCUGCAGACCUGCUCACUACCAUGCUCACAUCAGCGCCUGCAACUGAAGCUCUCAAGCGGUUGCAGCGGCUGUUGCUGCAGAUGCAAUGCUGCCAGAUGACUUUCUCCCUCCUGUACCACAGUCCCCAUGCUUCUGCUCAUCUAGACCUUUUAACGCUGCUUUUCGUGUUGCUCCCUCUUCCCCUCGCUUCCCUCCCUCCCUCCCUCUCUCUUUCCCUCACCUUGCUGGCAGAUGACUUGCUGCUGUUUGAUGGCCUCUCCGUCGCUGAUAACCAGGACACUGAUUCUCAUCAUCUUCUCCUCUUCCCCUCGCCUCCCCGCCUGCCGUUUCACAUUUCUCUCGCCUCCCUCCCUUUCCCUCUACUGCCCACACAGGACGAAGCUGUGGUGUCGCUUGCCGCCCAGUGCCGGGCGGCAAAGCGUUCUUUGCAGCGGCUGCUGCAGCAAGAGACGGUGCUGGCAGAUGACUCGCUGCUGUUUGACGGCCUCUCUGCUGUUGAUGACGUGGAUGCCGCCCUUGCCAGGCUGGCAGCCAUGCGGGAUGAAGUGAAGGGGGCUCAGGGGAAGAAACAGCACAGACGGGGGAAGGGGAGGGGGAGGAGUGGGGGGGAGAGUGCUGCGGAGAGUGGGGAUGGGACAGGGAAGGUUGCUGAGUGGGUGAUCGGGUGUGGAGGAGAGGGUGUUGGUGGUGGGAGUGAAGGGGGGUUGGUGGGGACCAUAGAGGAGGGUGAGGAUGAAGGGUAUGAGAGUGGGGAGGAGGAAGAGGAGGAAGAGGAAGGGGAGGCAUUGGAGAGAGGGAGACGUCGUUCUUUGGAAGGAGAUGGAGAGGGUAGGGCGAGUAGUGGGGACGGGGAGGGCAGGGGAACACAGGAGGAGGGAAACACAGUCAAGGUUGGAGGAGUGAAGGAAGGGGAUAGCUCCUUUGGAGGAGAGGGGGGUGUGGUGGAAGUUGGGGGUGCGAUUGGAGCAGUAACUGGAGCUGACGCAGUGGAGGGGAGGGUGGCUGAUGAGAUGCGUCCUGGUGGAGUGGCAACAGGUGAUUCUGCUGCUUCUCCUGCUGGUGAGGGUGGAUUGGCGGAGAAGACAGAGGGGAGCGGCGAGGUGUAUUUCUAA